AUGGAAACUUAUGAACUAAUCGACAGUGACCCAAAGUUUUCCCGUGUGGUGAGAUACUUUAGACCUUCCGACUACUUAACAUGGGCAUUGGGUACCAUAGGUGCCCCAGGGUUGAUGGUAUUGUUCGAAAAAAUCGAACCUGCCAAAGGAAAUACCUUCAAAAUGCCUCCUCCUAGUAUUAUGAGAAUUGCAACCACGAUUGGGUUUUUUGGUGGUUUCUAUUACGCAUAUACCAGUUCCACCAAGAGGUUCUGGGGUUAUUCUGAAAACGCCAAAGAAGUAGCAAAGGAUAGAUAUGAAGUCAAAAAAGCUUUAUCAGAGAAAAAAUCACCUUAUGGUUCCUCCCUGUUGAACCCUUACCAACAAGACAUGUCCGCUAGAAACUCCACAAACUCCCAGCUUCUGUUGGCAAUUUUCCCCUGGUUCAACGUUGCCAACCACCAAUCUCACGGAAUUGAUCUAAGGAAAUACUAUGAAGUGCGGGAUGGUGAAGAGAACUGGAAUUUCACCCUUCCUCCUCUAGAUCAAGUGAAGGACCUUGAUGUGGCCCAAUACAAAGAAUACUCUAACUAUCCAUAA